CAAUAUAAGAGCAAGAGCACAUACUAUAGUUUACAGAUAGAUCCUCUGAAAAUUUUCUUUUCCUUGAAUCUCUUUUUUUGGAGGAAUACUGCCAAAAUGCCUGCAGAUUACAAUGGUAUAUGGGAGAUGACAGAAAAUAAGAAUUUUGAGGGUUACAUGAAAGCUCUGGACGUAGAUUUUGCAACCAGAAAGAUUGCAAUUCAUCUCACUCAAACAAAAGAAAUCAAGCAGGAAGGAGACAGCUUUUUCACUAAAACUCUAAGUACAUUCAGAAACUACAAUGUGGAUUUCAAAAUUGGAGAAGAAUUUGAGGAACACACGAAAGGAUUAGAUAAUAGAGUGGUAAAGACACUGGUGCAAUGGGAUGGGGACAAGCUGGUCUGCGUUCAGAAGGGUGAGAAGCCCAACAGAGGCUGGAAGCACUGGAUUGAGGGUGAUGAACUGCACCUGGAACUAACGUGCAAUGACCAGGUCUGCCAUCAAGUUUUCAAGAGAAAGUGAACAGUUGAAUGUGGACUUAAGUGGUUCUUAUAUGCGGCAUUUCUAUGCCCGGCAUCACUGAAUAUGUGCUGUGGUAUCACAAUAAAAGUGUUUGUCCUUAGAGAAUGAAUAGUGAUUUAAAUUACAGUAAAUGUAUUUGUAUUGCACAUCAUGUAGAAUAAAAGCAUUACAUUAGGAACCUUCAAUCUUUAGCUC